UAUUUUUAAUUCGCUAUAAAAGGUUGAAAUCGUAUUUUAAUUUCCACAUUCAACAAAGUAACUCGUAUCAACCUUCGUCAGUCAUUCGGUUGUGAAAGAAAACCUCCUAAACUCGGAUAAUAUUACCUUUCAUAAUAUAAUUAAUUAAUAAAAAUGGGUAAACGUUACCAUUGUGAUUACUGCGACCGAUCCUUCGUCGACGAAAUGCAAGCUCGUAAAAAACACCUCAACGGAACAGCUCACGUGAGAAAUCGCAAAAUCCACUACAUGUCGUGUAGAGAUCUGAAAACAUUAAUCGAAGAAGAAUCCGCCAAAGAGGAAUGCUUCAAGUUUGAGAGAACUGGCCAAUGCCCUUUCGAGGAAAACUGUUACCGAAGUCAUUACUCACGCGAGCAAUUACAGUCUUUCAAGCAACAACUAGAAGACCAAGAACGCCAGGAAAAGCUCCGAGACAUGUCUGAAAUAAAAUCCAUCGAGUCGUGGAUAGAUAAACGCAAUACCGUCGAUAUUGGAACCAGCCAAGACCCCGAUACUAGUCAUACUAUAACGCCAUAUGUACCUUUAGAAUCGAAUUUCUAUAACUCACUGCCACCUUCGCUACGUCGCUUGGAUUUCACCAUUUUCCUCGACUUGGAGAUACCAGAAUGGGGUUAGGUGGUACUUUUGGCAUGUCGUGUAUCGUAUCAUCGCGGUUAAGGAAUUGCUCAGCGACGUGUCGCCAUUAUACCUUAUAAAUCAAGUACCAGAUUUCGUUGGUCGACUUGGUUAAGACUGUGUACACUGAUAAAGAAAGCGUUAGCUACGAUAUGAGUCAAUAAGCUAUUUUUAGAUUGAAAUUGAACCACAUAAUACCUUACGAUUAAAUUGGAAAUGCUGUCGAGAUCCAAGGGUCAUAAAAUUUAUCGUGAAAUAUUAUUUUUAUCUAAUCCAUGUAUAAAAAAAAAAAAAAUGUGCUCAGCGAUGCACGCGUUGGUAUUUUUAAUUCGUUAUCUCGGUUAAGAAGAACAUCGUCGAGUUUAUUUUCACAUCUCUCGAUUACCUUUAUGUAAAAGACUUAGGGUCAUUUGUAUGUACACAUCGAUUCGAUUAGCAAAUGGUUAACUAACACAUUUUUUAAUCGCCUAAUUUUGGCAGUUAAUUAACUAUACAACUGUACGAUUGUUUUCAUUUUUAUACUCGUCCAAUUGUUUUUUUUUUAUUCUCACCUUUCGAUGUUCGAUGUCACAAAUGGCCCCUAAUUUUUUAUCUUAUUUUUCUUUUUUAAAUAUACUCUUGUUAAUUUACUAAUAAAAGAAUACAAAUUUGUUAACUCGAAA